CCGUCAUUGUGGCUUUGUAUCAACACAUACACAAAACCAAAUUCCGAUAAGUCAGUUGCAAAAUUGAAUAGAAAAUCUCAAAAAGUGACUCACAAGCCAUGGAUUCGGCACCAUCGAAGGGUGGCAACAACAGCAUCGGCAAGACUACGGAUACAGCCCUAACACAGUCGACAGCCUGUACGACCGUAUCGACUGUCGCUAAGCCUGGCUCCAGUGGUUCAACCGAACCGAACAGUGGCACGGGCGCCGCGGAUGCUGAGGAACCCAUUGAUGCUUCGGUUUACGAGUGCAACAUAUGCUUUGACAUCGCCCAGGAGGCCGUGGUUACCAUGUGCGGCCACUUGUUCUGCUGGCCCUGCCUGCACCAGUGGCUAGUGACGCGUCACAGAGUCAAGCUCUGCCCCGUGUGCAAGGGUUCGGUGAACAAGAACAAAGUCAUACCAAUCUAUGGGCGCAAUUGCAAGCAGCAAGUGGAUCCUCGCAAGAAGAUUCCCCAACGACCGGCUGGACAACGCGGAGAACCAGUGCUGGCUCCUGUUGCUUUAAAUAGCCCUCGAGUUGAAUUGGCUGGCGAAGCUCACAUGGUUUAUAACCUUAACUAUUUUCCCUUUAAUUUGGUUCGACCUUUCAUCAAUUUGGAUGCACAACGUCCGAUUCCCGACAAUCGCGACUCACAGCAAAUCAACGACGAAAAUACAAUCUCCAGGGUGUUCCUUUUCGUGGCCCUACUGUGCAUCGUGUGGCUAAUCCUUGGAUAACAAUUCGACACAUUAUAACGCACAGAAAAAACACCAAAAUUUCAACAGUUAAGAAACAAUUUCAAUGGAUUGAUUACACAUUUUACUGGGUUGUUUGGUUAUUCAUUCAUUGAGACAUUCACAUGAACACUUUUCCCUUGAAGAACCCGACGUGCCGCCACACAAUAUUAUUACACACUACACUACUUUCUGUUUGGCUCUUGAACAUUUAUAAAUUAAUUGUAACAUCAGAUAAA